GUUGCCGUGUUUGUGAUGUUUUGUGCGCCGCCAUUUGCUUUAUAAUCCGAAAAUGCCCUCCAGCUGUGUGAUGUAAUAAACAAAUAUUGGCCUCGUCUCUGUCGAAGAAAACGCUCUUUCAAGGCAUGUAGAAGUCCUUCGUUGGAAUAACUAUAGAGCAUAUGUGCAUUUUGGUAUGAAAAGUUUUUAAGCUCAGCCUUAGCUAAGAAAGACAACUGUACAAGGUUAGAUUUAGUUCUGUGGAGAUGCUAGUGCCACUACAACUCACUUUCAGCUUGGAACAGAUGGUUGUGGAUGCUCCUUUGAGUGAUAACCUGCAAUGAGAAGCUGGUGUGGACUUUGGGGUCCUCCUACUGGAGCAUAAUAAGACAUGGGCAAAGCUUCAAGUGACAAAAGGGAUAUCUACUAUCGGAAAGCAAAAGAAGAAGGUCGGUGCACUCGAAGUACUUUUAAACUUCUCCAAAUAGAUGAGGACUUCAACAUAAUUGAGGGAGUGAAACGUGUGGUAGAUUUAUGUGCUGCCUCUGGUAGUUGGAGUCAGGUUUUAAAUCGUCAGUUGUAUCUUCCCGCAAAGCUUUCACCUGAUGCUAGGUAUAAAAUUCACCAGUCUUGUAAAUGUUGAUGGUAUAUGUUACUAUGAUUUCUCUUUUUGUUAAAAUUGCUACUAAGGUGAUGCUAAGGUUUAGCUUUUUCUUCAAUUGAUUGAAACCAUCUUCAGACUAUGAGAGCAUCUUCAAUCUGCCAUAUCUGUGCAGGAAUUAGUUGACUCUUUUUUUCUUGUUAUCUGGAUGUGAUGAAUAUAUCACAUGCUUGUUCCAAAGUUCGAAUGGCCAAAUUUCCAUGUUAGUAUAUUAUGUGAGAACAAUUUCAAGAGUUGAUAAUCCUGGGUCACACCUUUGUCAUAUGUUCCAUGCAUCACAAUAUACUCGGCAUGGAAAUGCCGCAGUUUGUACAAAACCAAUCAUAUUUAUAUUGAGAUAGGCAUCCAAUUUGAGCAAGUUUCAAAUCCUAUAAUGGACAGUUUAGGCUUUCUAAAGAUUCUAAACCUUUGUUGAAAAUGAACAUCAAGAGUUUUUGCGAGCUGGGAUGCCAGGCCACGUGUCUCUAAACAUUUUUCCAAAGCAUCUUUUAGGUGAUAAAAUCAAAUUAUAGGCGCUGUAGUUGGCAACUUCCUUCAUGCCCACCUGUCUAUCUCCUUAUCUGUCUGUCUCUUUAUCGGUCAGUCAACUUCUAUCAUGUCUUUUCAAGUACUUCCUUUAGGGUUCUUACUUGAUCGUCAUGGAAGUCAGAUUUUUUUGGUAACUGACUUGCAAUUGUAGAGUCCAGAGAUAAUUAUUCUAUGAUUCUUCUAUAUGAAUGCCUUGGAGAUGCUUUACGUCCAUCGAGUCUUUAGGUCGCUUCAUAGCACUACAUCUUGAAAGGGGAAUCAGACUAGAGCAUAGUGGCUGAUAUUUUAUAAGUUGUGGAUGAUCUAGCGUAGAACUUGGCUGUUGUUGUAUUCUUACCUGACAAGCUCUCAGGUGUCUAUUUAAAUGAGCCUUUGGUGAAUCAACCAUUCUUCUUUUUUGUACUCUUCUCCAGUUUUUUUAAUAGAUUACCCUUAGUAAUUCAGGUAUGGUGUCCUCAGAAUGCUAUGGUUUAGAGACAAUAAAAUAGAGUUUGGUGGUUCCAAUUUGUCUAAAUAACAGAUGUUCAAUUUAUUUUGAUAUCUCAAGGCAGAUUUUAGGUGAUGUAAACAAUUCUGGAAGUGUGCAGUAGUGUUAGUUAACUUCCUGUCAUGCUUAAUUGUUCUAUUUCAAAUCAUACAAAGAGCUGUGCACACCAUAUUGAAAAGGCCAAUGGAGAAUAAAGAGUUUGAACAUUAACUCCUGGUAUGGAUCUUGUCAUAUCCUUGUUGAAUGAAUUGUACUGGUCCUUAAUCUGAACUGCUUCUAUGGCAUUUAACCAUGAGAAACUUCCAAAAAGCUUAUGUCUCUCUUCAAAGCACUGUAUACAGUCUAAAUCCAUGUUCAGUUGAUGCUUUGGUUCACUGUAUACUCUAUCGCUCUCAUAUCCGGUAGGUCACUUGGAGGAGAGUAUAAUGUUGACAUUGCAAAUCAUUUGAGAUACAAAAGGGAACAGUGUUGAACCAUAUUUCCAUACUGGAUGAGGGUCGUGAAGUCCAUGUAACAGUCUUUGAGGAUCAAAUGUGUUCUCCGAUUGACAUACUUUCUAUCAUGUGAAGCUUCCAAAUCUUUUUUGAACAUGGGAUUCUGCAAAGCAUGCAUACUGAACUUCAGAAUACCAAGUCGUUUCGCCUGCUUUGGACAAGCUUUUUCCAUAUCCAUAUUGAGAAAUUUGGACUUUGACGUUAUUGCUUCUUAGAGAUAUUGAUAUUGCAUCUUGAUGUUUGUGUUCUUGUUCAGACUCUGUUUAGACCAUUCUUCUUUGUCCUAAUUUCAUGGAAGGUGAUCUUCCUCUUAUAAUCGCAAUUGAUCUACAGCCUAUGGCUCCAAUUGAGGGAGUCAUCCAAGUACAGGGUGAUAUAAAAA